UAAAAGUAAAAACGACUCUGAGUGGUUUGGUUUCUAGAUUGCCGAUCUUUACAGCAAAAUAAAUAACGUUGUGUAAACAAUUACAACAUUUAUGUACCUGAACAUUUGGUAAUCAUCAUCUUGUAAAUAGAAAAAUCCCCCAUACGUUUAUAAUUCACUACAAGUAGUUUUAAUAAAUUGAUCAGACGUAUGAAAUGGAUCCAUACGAAAUAGAGUUUAUCGGAGAAAACAGGAUAAUCAGCAUAAUUCCGAACUUUUCGUAUGACAAAAUAUAUUUAAUUUGUGGUGAGUUCGGUCCUUUCCGCGCCGGAUUACCUAUGAACGCACCCCUGUGGUUGGCCGUCAUGUUGAAACAGAAACAGAAGUGUCGAAUAGUGCCUCCUGAAUGGAUGGAUAUGGAUAAUUUGGAAAACAUAAAAGAAGAAGAAAAGAAGUCUAGAUUUUUCACUAAAAUGCCUAAUGAACACUACAUGGUAGAAGCAAAGUUAAUUUUAGGAGCCGCAGCUGAUGAUGUUCCAAAUGCCACAGAGAUUAAAACAAUAAUAAAGGAUAUCUGGGAUAUCCGCAUGUCAAAGUUACGGACCUCAAUGGAUGCUUUGAUGAAAUCUGGAGGGUCCUAUGGCAGGCUAGACCACCUCACUAUGAUGGAGAUCAACUCUGUGAAACCAUUGCUUCCCUCUGCCAUGGACGAAUUAUUAACAAUUAAAAUGAGAACCAGAAAAAAUAUGCCAGCAACAUUGAACUCCUCUACAUACAGUCAGUCAGGAACAUCACAGAAUAUUUGAUAAAAUGAAGAUUUUGAGUCAUUCCACAUUUGUAUAGUAAGAUAGUUUAUAUCUAUACUACAUACCUGGCUGCUGCCAGACUCAACACUGUGGCCGGUGUUCCCUUUCCUCUUUGUUUAAUCAACACAUUUAUUUCUAAUUCAUCAUUUGUGUUUUUAUGACCAAAUACUGUCUGUUUUUAAACACAAAAUUAUAUAAGUACAAUUCCAGUGCAAUUGAACCGGUUGUGGCUGUGCAAUACUACAAGUCAUCUGAUACAGCAAGAGAUAAUACUGUGGACUCAUCUAGUUGACUGUUAAGUGAAGGUUGGAUGGCUUGAGCCCCAAAGUUGUUUUUAAACUUUUAAAUUUGUUUUUUUAAUUUUGUAUUUUUCAGAUUACUAAUAUAGGCUGGCUAGAUUAUAGGUACCACAAAGGCACCUAUUUCUUCUGUGAAGCAGUAAUGUGUUAACAUUAUUGUGUUUCAUUCUAAAGGGCGCCAUAGCUAGUGAAACUUCUGGGCAAAUGAGACUUAACACUUUAUGUCUCAAUGAUACAAGCGCAAUGUGUAGUGCCUCUAAGAAUUUUUGGGUUUUUCAAGAAACCUGAGUGGCACUGCAUUGUAAUGGGCAGGGUGUAUCAAUUACCAACAGUAUGUAUAUUACAUGUGUAGUUAUAUUAUGCGGAAUAUUGUUCCGGUCACUUCAUAAUAUUGUGAUACUAAAAGUCGUGAUAGCUGUGAGUGGGACAGAUUAGCCAUUCCAUUGUUGGCAUGUCUUUUUGUAGCAGUUAUCAUAGGAGUAAUCUUUUAAUGUAAUAUAUUUUAUUAUAUGUACAAUUUAUAAAAAUGCACUGUGAUUAUUAAUACUGGAUUUGUCCAUGGGGAAAAGUUACUUUGGGCAACAAUUUUUAUUUUUUAAAUACUUUGCCAAUAAUACAAACUUCUGUGAUUAACAAUAAAUCGUUUAUUUUAAUACAUUUUUUAAACAACUUUA